AUGAGCGGCAGCUCGAAUCAGUCCACUCGAACGAGUCCCGGCUCUUUCGGAACAACCCAGCGCACAGAGUCUGUAUCUUCUGGUUCAUCACCGACUCAACAGCCUCUCUCCAAGGUGCCCGCGACGACUCAGCAUGCGAUGUCGACCGACGUGUAUAACCCAAGUGUCUCGCAAGCGCCUUCAUCUUUAGCUCCCACUUUCACAUACCCUUUCUCCCCUCUCGGAUCUAGCUUCGACAACGGAAUGCGCCUCGGUGAUGCCGAUCGCAACCUCCAGGGCCUCAGCGGCCUGGGGCGCGCGAACAAUGGUGGCGCAAUUCUCAUGCGCAAACUUCCCCGGAAUACGAGCCGGGAAGCCCUUCGCAGUAUGCUCCUCUUCGCCAAGGACUUUGUAGAUGCCGAUUUCGUGACCUCCGACUACCCUGAGGACGAUGGGUUUCUGAGCGCGAUCGCGCGCUUCAAUACUCUGCCCGCGGCUGAAGAGGCCCGUGCUCUUCUUGACGGCAAGCCGAACUCGAAGAACGACGCAAACAUGGUGGUUGAAAUGUACCCUGGGCCGGUCGGAUCCAACCUCUCAAAUACGCGUCGCAACACGAUCGAUCACACCGCGACGCGUGGCUUACUGGGUGGUGUCCCCAACGGCCACCUUUCACGUCAGUCAUCUCGUUUCAACGGUACUUUCCAAAGCUUGGAGCGACUGUCCGCUUCCAAUCCAUCUGGACAAGCGAUCGGCGAAGGAUUGCCCUCGGCAUCUGAGUCGGGAUCGCGUCUCCAUAAUCUCUUCUCUCCACAAUCCCCGAUCGGAAACGGAGUUGGCGAUCUGCCCCGCGUGACUGGAAAGUCCAUGAUCGAUGAGGACCCCGAUGAGGAGACCGGAGAGCUUCUGAAGGACCCCGUGGGCUAUGCAGAGAACGGCCACUCGGGCUCAGUCUCUGUUGGGCGUCGCUCAACCAACCCCCAGAUCCCCACUGGUCGCUUUGGUAGUCUAUCCCUCUCCACGACAAUGUCCUCGCCCCCUCUACCUAAUUACGCGUCUGGUGGCCCCGGCCCUCGUAUGAGUGGAAGUGGCCCAUCCUCUGCAUACCCGAACAACCAUGGCCAAGGUCAAGGCUACCCCUAUGUUAGCCAACAUACCCCCCGCCAUAGCUUGCCAGCUGCCAACCCCAACGACCUCAACCCGCCUUGCAACACACUUUAUGUGGGCAAUCUGCCUCCUGAUACAUCUGAGGAGGAACUGAAGGCACUUUUCUCCAAGCAGCGUGGAUAUAAGCGACUCUGCUUCCGCAACAAGCAGAACGGCCCUAUGUGCUUCGUGGAAUUUGACGAGGUUGCUAUGGCAAGCAAGGCUCUAAAUGAGUUGUACGGUUACAAAUUGUCCAACAGUGUCAAGACUGGCAUUCGUCUCAGUUUCUCAAAGAACCCCCUGGGUGUGCGUUCUGGUCAACCCGGCAGUAUGAACCCUGCCAACCCCCUCUCCGGGCCCGGUGUUCCAAACGGAAGCAAUCUCAGCGGCGUACCCAGUCAUAUGUUCUCAUCGGUUACUGGGCCACCUCCAGGGCUCGCAGCACCUCCAGGUCUCGCAAUGCCUAUGCCCUUGCGCAAUGGCAGCAAUGUUCAUGCCCAGCAGGGAAGUCCACACCCGAUGAUGAACAACUCUCAGUUCAAUCACAACUCCGGUCUGGGAAUCCGAGGCAACGGAGGUAAUCCAAUGAUGAUGUCGCCGCCUCCUGGUGGCGCUGCUGGCAACAAUGCGGGGCCAAACAUGAAUGGUUUCAAUUCCUUCUACCCUGAUUAUAUGAUGGGUCGUUAA